GACCUUGUUCUCCUCAACAUGCCGAUUCCAGCAACCGGCUUCUGGUUUCGGAGUCCUCUCGCCGCCGGUAUGCGACUGAGAUGGAAGGCGCCCGCCCGUGACGCUAGGCGAAGCAUUGAGUUGGCUACAAAUACUCCACCCGCUGCUUGCUCGUCUCUCCGUCGAUCGAUCUUUGCAAGCUCACGAGGAAGAGAUUGAAACAGCGGGAGUCGAAGAGAUGUCGAGCACUGCUGGCCAGGUCAUCAAAUGCAGAGCGGCGGUGGCUUGGGAGGCUGGGGAGCCGUUGGUGAUCGAAGAGGUGGAGGUGGCACCGCCCAAAGCGAUGGAGGUCCGAGUUAGGAUACUCUACACCUCUCUUUGCCACACCGAUGUCUACUUCUGGGAAGCUAAGGGCCAAAAUCCGGUGUUUCCUCGCAUCUUUGGUCACGAAGCGGGAGGAAUCGUUGAGAGUGUGGGAGAGGGCGUGACGGAUCUCGCUCCGGGAGAUCAUGUCCUCCCUGUAUUCACGGGUGAAUGCAAAGAAUGUGCUCACUGUAAGUCCGCAGAGAGCAACAUGUGUGAUCUCCUCAGAAUAAACACUGACAGAGGGGUGAUGCUAAGUGAUGGGCAAUCAAGGUUCUCCAUCAAUGGAAAACCCGUUUACCAUUUCUUGGGAACCUCCACUUUCAGCGAGUACACAGUGAUCCAUGUGGGCUGCCUUGCCAAAAUCAACCCCUUGGCUCCCCUUGAUAAAGUGUGUGUCGUAAGCUGUGGUCUAUCAACAGGUUUUGGUGCUACUGUUAAUGUAGCAAAAACACCAAAAGGUGCAACCGUGGCCGUCUUUGGCCUUGGGGCUGUAGGUCUCGCUGCUGCUGAAGGAGCAAGAGUCUCAGGGGCAUCAAGAAUAAUUGGUGUUGACCUUAACCCUAACAGAUUUGAGCAAGCUAAGAAGUUUGGGGUGACUGAGUUUGUGAACCCGGCAGAUUAUGAUAGACCUGUUCAAGAGGUAAUAGCUGAAAUGACAAAUGGUGGAGUUGAUCGGAGCAUCGAAUGCACUGGCAAUAUAAACGCCAUGAUAUCUGCAUUUGAAUGUGUUCAUGAUGGCUGGGGUGUUGCUGUGCUUGUUGGGGUCCCUCACAAAGAUGCUGUAUUCAAAACACACCCUGUCAACUUCCUGAAUGAAAGAACCCUAAAAGGAACCUUCUUUGGCAACUACAAGCCACGCACUGAUAUUCCCGGAGUCGUUGAGAAGUAUAUGAACAAGGAGCUCGAGUUGGAGAAGUUCAUCACGCACAGCUUGCCUUUCUCUGAAAUCAACAAGGCAUUCGAGUACAUGCUUAAAGGCGAGAGUCUCAGGUGCAUCAUUAGCAUGGAUGACUUGAGGAUUCACAUUUCAGGAGCAAGGAGCGUUUUGUUAAAUAAACUGUAGAGCAUCUUCUGAGUAGAAAUGUGACGUUUUAUCGCAUGAGGAAUAAUUAAGGUUGUUGCUGCUUUUAUGCUUCUCAUAAAGUGAGAUUAUAGUAGUCUGUUUGGCUUUUGGCAAUGUGGAUUUUGUUCUUUUGGUGACAUGUUUCUUAUUGAUCUUAAACCAGAGUUAAUUAGGAGAAAGUUUCCGAUUUGUUGUUUCGAAGGAUACUUAUUUUUAUGUAUUUAAAAUUUCCCUAUCA